UCGGAGCUCGCUCUACCGUGCGCGCACCAGCUCGGGGCCGCGCACGUCGGGUUUGGAAACUUUUAGCGGGAACGCGUACGUGCGCGCACCCGUGUUCUUUGUGUGGCAGGAAAGAGAAAGCGCCAAAAGAGUGACCAUGGCUGAUGAGAAACCCAAGGAAGGAGUGAAGACUGAAGGUAGUGAACACAUCAACCUGAAGGUGGCAGGACAGGAUGGAUCCGUGGUGCAGUUCAAGAUCAAAAGGCACACGGCACUCAGCAAACUUAUGAAGGCCUACUGCGAUAGGCAGGGACUGUCGAUGAGGCAAAUCCGGUUCAGAUUUGAUGGACAGCCGAUAAAUGAGACAGACACACCAUCACAGUUGGAAAUGGAAGAUGAAGACACGAUUGAUGUGUUUCAACAACAGACUGGAGGAGCGAUUUAAUCCACCGUCCCGACGUCAUCUUUCCUCAUUUAACAGAACCGCAGCCUGGGAUAUACAUGAUUUACAUCUCAUCCUAUUGAGGUUUAAAUGACUCUGCUGUACAGUAUUUUCAAUUUUUUCCCUGUUAUUUCUGUACUUUUUGUACAUAAACCAAUCCACAUCAAUUUUUAGGUCUUACAUCAUCAAAAUUGGACUGAUUCUAGAAUGAGAAAUAUUGUGACUUUUCCGAUCGCCAGACCGGGUCAUGAGUUUUGGUAUUAAAUUGGCUCUAAAGGUGAGCUAUUUUGAAAUUGAUUUAAUGGUCACACUACUUUGAGAAUGUGGUCACAAGGGGCCAAACCAUGCAUAAAAUUGAUCCGUGUGAUCAGAUCACUCUGUGUGACAUGAUCUGACUACUUAGAACCAAUUACAAAAUUUCAGGGCUCUUAUCAAACUGUUGAAAUUGAGCUGAAAUCUCAUUUGGUGACCAUAUGAAAAUAAUUAAAUUUUUACCUUUAUAUAGUGGUGAUUAUGUGGACAAUUGCAUUGAUUAAUCCAUUAACCAGAGCAAAUGUCAUAUUUUGGGGAGGAGGAGUAAUAUCUUGCCAUCAUACAAAGAAUCUGUUUUGUCUAAAAUACCUGAUGAAAUAAAGCUAUUGUUGUUUUUCCAAUACUCUUAUUUUA